UCCUCCCCCUCGUCUCCCCCCUUUCUCUUGGCCCCCCUGCCAUGGUCUCCUCCCUCCCCCGCCCCCCUUCUCUCUCCUCCAACUUUCACCAGACAGCCCGACCCUGAGCUCAGCUGGACAUCACUGACGCCAUAGCCUCCUUUUCCCCCUUUCGCUUUUGCUCCGUCUCUCUCCUCCUCCGUGGCCCAAGAUUCACCGCCCCCCUUGCGAUCCCUCCGAGUUCGCUCUCGCCUGGGGAGGCGGGAGGAGGAGCGAGACAUUGCGGCGUGAGAUGAUCUUCUCCGGUGCCGUGGUCUUACGAGCACAAGAGAGUGGAAGAUAACUGUGGUGAAGUUCAUUAUUGUCAUCAGGGGGUGAUGUUGGUACCUUUUCACUGAAGUGCAUCUACCUUCUGUAACCGAUAUACUGUGGCGGUGAGGAGAUCAUGUCCAUGGAAGCUCAGAAUCUUCGGUUCGUCAGGUGCCCCAAAUGCCUCCAGCUUCUCGUGGAGUACCCGUCCAUUCCGGUUUACCAGUGUGGUGGCUGCGGCACCAUUCUUAGAGCGAAAAAUCGAGGUGCGCAAGUAACUCAGCCUGAUUCGGUAUCCGAUGAACAGAACAAUUUUCCACACAGCUUGGAAGGGUCCCCUCAGACCAGCAAGUCUAUUUGUUCCGAUGAACUGAAAGUUGUCUCUGCUGAUAUGCAGCCUAGUGAAAAUUUGGUUGAGGGAAAUAUUUCCUCUGUCGGCAAGCAUGCCAUUUCCGGUGAGAAUCUUAACACAGAAAGGACUAUGUCUGUUGGAGAGAGUGCAGCAUCUGGCGAGGUUGACGGUGAGGAGAAUUGUUCCCUAAGUGUUGGCAAUGCCCGAGACCCCGAGUUUAUGAUCGAAGAGGCAGAUGACAAAGGUGCCACAGUUAAUUCUAGUAUGAAACUAAUAGAAAAUGUACAGAGUGUUGAAAUAAGUGAAGAUGCAGAUGGGGAAAAGGGUUGUAUUAUGGAUGAUGCAAACGAUGCUAGUGUUGCCAGCGAAGCUGAAACUGUCCAUAGCAUCGCAGGUGAGGAACUGGGAGAUGAUUCCGGUAAAAAUGUGAUAGGAGAAAUAGAGAGCAUGUCUGAGCAAAAAAAUUCUGCUGGCAAUAAAAAUAUGAACUGCCAUGAGGCAGCUGAGACAAACAAAUUGUAUGAGAAUGAUGGGGCUAAAUCCAUUAACAUGGUGGCUCGGAGAGAGGAGAGGUUGCAACCGUAUGGGGGUUUAUGUUUUGAAUCUUAUGAAGAUCUGAUUGAGGAAUUGGAGAGGUCUUUAUCAUUAAGUGAUGAUGAGGAAGACUUUUUGGAUGUAGCAGACAAUAAUGGGCUUAAUGAUGCUCUGCAUAAUCAAAUUGGUAGCCGAAGGUUUUUGUCAGGGGGCAAAAUGAAUGAUAGCCCUCGAAGUGAUCCUCAUGGUCGAUUGAUUGAAGAACUGGAGAGGUAUUUCAGUGAUCCAGAAGAACCGUUAGAACAUCAUAUUGCGGUUGCAGACAAAGUCAUUCAAGAUAAAAUUCAUGUGAAGGAACAUGAUAAGGAUCCUCAAUUCCUGGUUAAUGAAAGUGCAAAUGCUUUCAGUGAUGCAGAUGAACUGUCAGAACAUCAUAUUGGGGUUGCAGACACAGACACUCGAGAGAAAAUUCAUGUGAAGGAGCAUGAUAAGAAUACACAAUUCCUGGUUAAUGAAAGUGCAAAUGCAUGUGAAGCUGAUGGCAAAUAUGUACAAUCUGAACAAAAUUUUGAAAAGAAUGAGCUAAUAGCUUAUGGCACUAAAGAAUUGGAAGAGGGUUGGACUGGAGAUGAUAAUAAGAUCGUCUGUGUUCAUGGGAAUGAGCAUUUCGUGCUUACAAACACAGACAGCCCAGACACAAUUCAUGAGAAUGAGAUUGAUAGGGAUGCGCAAUACCUGGACACUGGAAGUGCAAAGCCAUGUGAAGGAAGCAUCUCUUCCUUUGGUGACGGACAUCUCAAAUCUGGACAAAGUUUCCAACAAAACGAGCUAACAACUGAAGGCCCUAAAGAGAAGGAAGAUGGUUGUAUUGAAGAUGACAAUAAGAUCAACUGCUUUCAUGCGAAUGAGCAUGCCGUGGUUGUAGAUAAGGACGUUGCAGAAAUAAUUCAUGAGAAUGAGCAUGAUAAGGAUCCACAGUACCUGGGGACUGAAACUGCAUGUGAAGAGGACAUCUCUUCAUUCAAUGACGAACAUCUCAAAUCUGGACAAAUUUUUGAUCAACAUGAGGUAACUUCCAAUGAUGGCACUGAAGAACAGAAGCAGGGCCGUACGGAAGAUGACAACACCACUCUAUGUGUUCAAGCUGACAAUCCAGUAGCUGAUGCUGGGUUUUCAAGCUUGUCAAAUGAGAGGAUUCAUUGCAACCCAACUAGCUUCACUAAGAAAAAAGAAGAGAUAUCAUGCAGGUACAGAGAUAGUCUACUUCGUCAAGGACUUUCUCUUGAUUCUGAAGACUUCAGGUCAAUCCAAAACUUUAUUGAAUCACAAAUGGAUGGGACCUCCAGUUCUCUCUCAAGUGGGUCACCUAGUCAAGGGGAUUUGUCGAUAAAAACAUCAAGUAAGUUCAAGACUGUUGAUCAACUUGAGCGCCUCAAGAAGAUGGAUGGUCUAAGAGAUCAGCUAAAUAGGCUUUCUAGCAACAAGGGCUUGGAGAAAAGGUAUCAGAAGAAAGACCUGGAAUACCAGCCACAACAACUGAAUACCUAUGAUGUUGAGCAACAGUUUCGAAGUGUUGAUACUGAUUCCAUCCCAAGUUCUUGUACUCUAGACUCCUAUUAUGGUCAUGGAAAGCCACCAAGGUACCCCCCGCCAAAUCCUUUCUCACCACCCCAUUCAUGUGCACACUGCCAUUUUGGACAUGUGCAAGCGCACAUCCCGCACAACUUUGAUGCUUGGGAGUUGAAUUCAUAUUACCAAUCCUCACAAGCUGGUAGCUCAAUCCCUGACCACGAUUCGCUCAAGUCAAGCUUCAAGGAACAGAAGCGUGUGGUGAGAAAGCAUAUUUUGCGGCCUUUGUCAGGUGCUUCACCAUAUACCGUCUGCAACAGCUGUUUCUUUUUGGUUCAAAUGCCAUCAGAUAUCUACAUGUCAAAAAGAAAGAUUGGGAAAAUGCAGUGUGGUAAGUGCUCCAAGGUUAUUGUAUUGUCUGUUCCUGCUGUAAAUCAAGCCAAUGCAAAUGCCAGUAAGGAACUAACCCAAAAAUUAAGCAAGGCUGACAACAGAAAAGUUGCUAGAACUGAGAGUGCUUCUUAUCCCGUCAGUGUAAGUGAAGAAUGUGGAGCAUCUUUCACAAGAAGCUUGUCUACUCGAGCUGGACCAUCCCUUGCUGCCACACAAAGUAGCAAGAAGGUUUCAGACUCGGCACUUCAUCUACUCAUGGGGUAUGAUUCAGCAAGCCAGUUGUUACGUCACAGCAGGGCGUUUGAGCGUCGCAGCAGGGUGUUCGAUGAUGGGUAUGAAAGCUUUGAGUCAAUGGUGCCGGUGUCCAACCGAGUGGCCAGAAGAAAGAACAUGUGAUGUUUUGCACUGGUAUGUCAAGCCUCUGGCUACUUACAGGUCACAGUUUUGAAGAUAAACGGGCAGCUUUCCUGCAAAUAGUUUUGAUGGAUUUUUCCUAGGCAGCUCUAGCCUAUAUGAAAUCAUUUGGUUUGUCGAAAUUCUUUUUUAUGGUAUAUAUAUUGUUUACUCUUGGUGUAAGUUGUUUAUUCUUGGUGUAAAGUUGUCCAUAUUUGGGGGUAUAAUAAGAGUUUUUAAUGUUA